AAUCGCAUGGAACCAACUUUUUAAAGUUUUAAGGAUUUGUGUGCCUACAUCAUCAAACUCGUUAGGCAAAUCAAGGGAAAGAUGUCUGGAGGUCCAGCUGUACGCAUCAGUAUCGAAUCUGCAUGCGAAAAGCAGGUUCAGGAGGUGGCUCUGGAUGGCACAGAAAUGUACGUUCAACCUCUGUCAAUGUCCCAAAAUCUUGCCAAGCUUGCACAGCGCAUUGAUUUUGGACAAGGAUCUGGGUCAGAGGAAGAGGAGGAAGAAGGAGGAGAAGUCAGGGAAAAAGAAUGGGGGAAACGAGACCAGGAUGAAGAUGAAACCACAGUCAAGUUUCAACCUUCCCUCUGGCCCUGGGAUUCUGUGAGAAAUAAUUUGAGAAGUGCCUUGACAGAGAUGUGUGUCCUCUACGAUGUCCUCAGUGUUGCAAAAGAGAAAAAGUACAUGACGUUGGAUCCUGUAUCACAAGAAAACAUAGCAGUCAAGACUCCUCAGGUAUUACAACUCAUUAGUAAGAAGAAAUCAUUGGCAACUGCUGCUCAGAUACUUCUGAAAGGGGCAGAAAAAUUGACAAAGUUUGUUGCAGAGAAUCAGGAAAACAGAAGACAGCGAGAUUUCAACUCUGAGCUUCUUCGAUUGCGGUCACAAUGGAAACUAAGAAAACUUGGAGAUAAAAUCCUUGGAGAUCUGAGCUACAGAAGUGCAGGAUCAUUAUUCCCUCAUCAUGGCACUUUUGAAGUUAUUAAAAACACAGAUAUUGAUCUUGACAAGAAGAUUCCAGAAGACUACUGCCCUCUUGAUGUCCAGAUCCCUAGUGAUCUUGAGGGAUCAGCUUAUAUCAAGGUUUCUAUCCAAAAACAGGCCCCUGACAUUGGGGAUCUUGGCACUGUCAAUCUUUUCAAAAAACAGGCUAAAAUCAAAUUAGGAGCACAGCCCUGGCAUGUGAAGCUAGAGACUGCUCAAAAUGUUCUCCUCUGCAAAGAAAUCUUUGCACAGUUGUCCCGUGAAGCAGUCCAGAUCAAAUCUCAGAUUCCUCACAUAGUUGUUAAGAAUCAGAUCAUUUCACAACCCUUCCCAGGUCUGCAACUAUCUAUAUCUUUGUGCCAUUCAACUGGAGAUAAAAAAAAUAGUAAGUCAUCUCCAGAAAAGACACGACCAGAUGAUCAUCUCUAUGUUCUUGAGCACAAUCUGCAUCAGCUGAUAAGAGGGUUUCACAAACAGACUCUUAGUCCUGCAUUGAUGCCUCACCCUGCCAGUGCUCCAUUUGGUCACAAACGAAUGCGACUUGCUGGCCCCUUAGCUUAUGACAAGGCAGAAAUUGCUUCUCUACAGCAGAAUGAAGGGCUUCUGGAGAAGAUUAUUAAACAAGCAAAGCACAUCUUUCUACGAAACCGAACGGCUCGUACCAUUGACAGUUUGGCAAGCCGUAUUGAAGACCCACAGAUCCAAGCGCACUGGUCAAACAUCAAUGAUGUAUAUGAGUCCAGCGUCAAAGUGUUGAUUACUUCACAAGGUUAUGAGCAAAUCUGCAAGUCUAUUCAGUUGCAGCUGAAUAUUGGUGUGGAGCAGAUUAGGGUUGUACACAGAGAUGGGAGGGUGAUAACUUUAUCUCACCAGGAGCAGGAGCUGCAAGACUUCCUUCUCUCACAGAUGUCACAGCAUCAGAUCCAUGCUGUUCAACAACUGGCCAAAGUCAUGGGAUGGCAUGUGCUGAGCUUUAGUAAUCAUGUAGGUCUAGGAUCAGUGGAGAGCAUCGGAAAUGCAUCAGCUAUAACAGUGGCCUCAGCAAAUGGAGAAUAUUCUAUUUCAGUGCGCAAUGGACCUGAAAGUGGCUGCAAAGUCAUGGUACAGUUUCCUCGAAAUCAGUGCAAAGACCUUCCAAAGAGUGACGUGAUUCAGGACAGCAAGUGGAAUCAUCUGCGUGGGCCAUACAAAGAGGUGCACUGGAACAAAAUGGAGGGGCGCAACUUUGUAUACAAAAUGGAACUUCUUAUGGCUGCCCUCACGCCUUGCCCCUAAAAAUAAUAAAGUGCUUAGUAAUAUUCUUUAUGAAAAUCCAUUUUCUUUUUGACAUAAUGUUUGGUAACUUCAUCAGACAAACAAUCAAAUAUGACUUGAUAAUCUCUCUGCACUUUGGUUAUAUUAGUACACACAAAAAGCUAAAAGUUCAGGGAGAUUUGCGGUGUAUUUUUUAUUUUAUUUUUUUUUUUUUUAACUUAUUUUGCCAUUUUUUUU